GUUCGUGGGGAGCCUCUGCCCACAUCCAGCAAAAACUCUCGGGCCGGCCCUGUCCAUGGAUCAUUCAGACAGCAUUAAAGCAGCAGCAGCAGCAGCAGCAGUAUCCUGAUCUGGAUGCUGCGCUUUAUUCCUGAAAUCCGCGUGUCCUGCCGGAGCAAAACAACGCAUCUCAUGUAGGAGAUCUCCAUCCCGCACGGUUAUCCCGCAUAUCGCCUGUUAGUCACACGGCUGGACGCUUGAACGGAACGGGGCUGCGGGGCAGAAUGAGGAUCGGCCUCGGUGUCAUCCCGCAGCCCGAACCUGCAUGCUCGGGGCUUUCUGGCCUCAGCGAACCGAUUUUGUUCUGAACCAGACGCCCUUGGAUUUGUUAACGGAUUCCAACAUGAGCUUUCCCUCGGCUUGACUGGAACAAUGCGAAAGGAAGUGCGGCGGAGGAGGAUCGACGCGGUUUCCGAAAAAAACUACGAGCAAGGAGAUGCUCCACAGGGCGUCUGCUGCCCGCCAGCUCCGGGAGAGAUGAGUUUACAAAUGCUACCAUAGAUUAUGCGCUUUUUAAUUUGAAUCAAGGCUGGAGUUGAUAAGCAGACACACACACACACACACACACACAGAGAAAAAAACAAAAAACAGAUGUAGAUGGUGAUGCUGGGCUUCAGUGACGGCCGGGACGAGCUGCUGUGGAAAACACGGAGACAUGACAUGCAAUGCACAAGAAAGAAAAGGAAGAGGAUUCUUUAAAUCGUUUCUUUUUUAAAGGGAGUCCGCAACAGGCUUCAGCAAACCCCCCUCCUCCUCCUUGCACACUGGUUUUGGAGCAUUGACAGCUGUCAGCACCGUCCACAUUCAUUGCUCCCUGCUUUAUUUCUAUGUGAACAACCAGGUGCAUCGAGUGUAUUUCAUGUAGACUGCAUCAGACGGGGCCUAGUGUGGAAGGACAAGCAAGCCCCACAGCAGGAUCAGGAGGUGAGAGGUAAUACACCAACAAAGGGACCCUGCUCGAAAUGGGGCGAUGUGGAUUGAGGUCUUCCUGUUCCUUGUGAACUGCACAAAGGAAGCAACCACGAGGACGAAGGAACGACUACCAGGAGGAGGUGGUGGAGGAGUGGUGGCUUUGGUGUCUGAAAAAAAGGUGGUAUGGGUGGGGGGGCAUUUGGGAUGGCGAAUGGAAAUGAGAGCAGUGAAGGGCCUGUUGGGCCAAUGGCAGCGGUGGUGGCUACCACAGGAGGUAUGGUAGCAGAGAGUCCUUCCUCAGCUAUCUCUACCUAUAUCAAACUGGUGCUACUGGGGCUGAUCAUCUGCAUCAGCCUAGUGGGCAACUUGGUGGUGUCUCUGCUCGUCCUACGAGACCGGGCCCUGCACAAGGCACCUUAUUACUUCCUGCUGGACCUAUGUCUGGCAGACACCAUUCGCUCAGCCAUCUGCUUCCCCUUUGUGCUGGUUUCUAUAAAAAAUGGCUCAGCCUGGACCUACAGCGUGCUGAGCUGCAAGGUGGUGGCCUUCAUGGCAGUGCUCUUCUGUUUCCAUGCCGCCUUCAUGCUGUUCUGCAUCAGUGUAACACGCUACAUGGCCAUUGCACACCACCGCUUUUACUCAAAACGCAUGACAUUCUGGACAUGUGUGGCAGUGGUGUGCAUGGUGUGGACACUGUCUGUAGCAAUGGCUUUCCCGCCUGUUUUUGAUGUGGGCACCUACAAAUUCAUUCGCGAGGAGGACCAGUGCAUAUUUGAGCAUCGCUACUUCAAGGCUAAUGAUACACUAGGCUUCAUGCUAAUGCUGGCUGUGCUAAUUCUAGCCACACACGUUGUUUACAUGAAGUUACUCCUUUUUGAGUACAAGCACCGUAAGAUGAAGCCAGUCCAGAUGGUGCCAGCCAUCAGUCAGAACUGGACCUUCCAUGGGCCAGGGGCUACUGGCCAAGCGGCAGCCAACUGGAUUGCGGGCUUUGGCAGGGGUCCGAUGCCACCCACUCUGCUGGGAAUACGGCAGAACUUGCACAACCAGAACCGGCGCCUGUUGGGCAUGGAGGAAUUCAAAGCAGAGAAGCAGCUUGGUAGGAUGUUCUAUGUGAUCACUCUGCUUUUCCUGGUGCUCUGGUCUCCCUACAUAGUGGCUUGCUAUUGGAGGGUGUUUGUCAAGGCUUGCACAAUACCACACCGGUACCUCUCUACUACCGUGUGGAUGAGUUUUGCCCAAGCCGGGGUCAACCCUAUUGUCUGUUUCUUCCUUAACAAAGACUUGAAGAAAGGGCUCCUUUCCCACCUACCAGCCUGCUGCAGGACUAAACCUCAUCUGCCACGAGAGCCUUAUUGUGUCAUGUAAGCAGAAUUGAUGAUCUAAACAUGGAGGAAAAGGGACAUAUUGUGGGAGUGUUUACUUGAGUUAUUGUGGCUUUUGAUUAAAUGCAAGCUACUUUUAAGCAGUGGGUGUAAACUAGUGAGUGUAAUGGUAAGGCUGGAAUGGUAAGCUUGUAUUUGCAUCUACCAACCCCUUUUCAUUAGAAACAACACGAUACAUAGAGUCAGACUCAAGUAUUAAUGCAGUCAUUGUGAAAGAAAAAAGCCACCAACAAAUUACAUAAACUUAAAAGUGGUCAAUUAAAAAAAGUCUUGGGUGUUUGAGGAUGUUUGAGUUGUUUUGAGGGCAAAAAAGAAAAACAUAAAAAAAUGUUCUUUCCCUCAUGGCUCUUUAUAUAGGACAGUGGAGAGACGAGGGGGUAAUGAGGGACUUCCAUGAGCUCACCUUUAAGAUUUUUUGACACUACACUCUCCCAACGCAAAGACAGUCUCUUUCUACUCAGUUAUUCACCCAUUCGAAGAAAUGGCUGUGCAAAUUUAAAGUGGGGGAUCAGUUCCAAUUAUUAUGUAUAAUGUUCCAAUGUGACAUAAAAAAUGAUCUAAAAAUCAAAUGAGGAACACUGCAUUCACGAAUUAGAGGAAAUUAAAGGUGGCCUUAAAGAGUUUAGGAGUUUAUGACUUCGUGCUGGUGAGAUGGUUUAAAGUGUUUAAAGUUUGUAAUGAAAUGUAAAUUCCCAUGAAUGCCCUUCACUGAGUCAGAAACAUGAAACACAUGUAACAUGAGGUUUCUGGUGUCUGAACACCAACAAGUGCUGUGCACCAUCCUUUAUGACUACGAUGAUGUAUUUCCUUUGAUUUCCUCUGUUAUCCAUGUUUCUCUAUCUGUGACUCAUUGACAGCAGACACAUCACACAUGUAUGUUUUUAAUUCUGAAGGCAAAAGAUAAGACCUGACCAGUUCAGAGGUUUCUCACUAACAGCAGCUGUCUACAUAUUUUUCCACAAUACAGUGAAACACAGUGCCCAGUUGCAUAAAAUACUUCUCUUACAAAGUCAACUUUCUUACCUGAUUAUUGAGUGUACAGCUAGGGUCAAAUAUCACCUGCCACUGGCUACCUAAUGCACUAAAUAAACUUUAUGACAUCUUGUCUGCCUAAAUGUUUUAGAAUAAAUAAAAAAACAACUAUGUUAUGUAAUAGAUCAGAGAAAUGUGAGCACAGCAUCUCAAUCAUGCCGCUUUCUCCUCUCAGUUAUCUUCAUGUGCUCAGUCUAACAGAACAGCUUGUGUUUCAUGAAAUUCACUUUUGAACGGAUGCAAAUGUCUGCAUUUGACAGUUGAAUUUCAAUUUUUAUUCAUUUUACUUGUUUGCUACACUUUUCCUUCUGCUGGCAUUCAUUAUUCAGACAAUGUGCCGCAUCCAGCCAUUAAAACCAUGCUUGUAAUUCCCAACAACUGUUGGCAGUGUUGGAGAGUAAAGUCACACGGUGAUAUCCUGAUAGAGCCAAUAUUUUGGACUCUCUGUUCCCUCAAAGGUCAGCAGUCAGGACAGUUUUUCUUUCUAUGUGUCAAGUUCACUAACACUGAACUCAAUACAAAACAUUUGUUUGAUUGACUUUGCCUGCAUAUGUAGAUGUAUGUAUGUCAAAUUCAAUAAUAAAAAAAAACAUUCAGCUGUUUAAAUGCUGGGGUUACUGGGCCUCUCAUAUUCUGUCAGUUAUGUGAGCAUGUGAUUGUACCUGUCAGUGGCUGGAAUCACAACUGACUUAAUACUACUGACUUACUGUUACUCACCACAGAGUAAUUAUGAAGUGUUUAUUAUUAACGCCAGAGAGGAUGAGGAAAAAUGAGGAUUUCUUAUUUCUGAGAUGGACUACCCUGUGCUGCAAGAGAGAAAUGUGUUGAUAAUAACAAUAAUUAAGUAUUUGAAGUAAGAAGGUGGCGUGACAUAACAGGCAGGAGAAGACUCUACAGCCGUUCAUUGAAAAUUGUGAUCAGUAAUGGUAGCCUAAAGCAUUUUACUGUCAUUGCUUGUGUUUGGUUUGGACAAAACUACAAAGGACAAAUCAUAAGUUACAUCUGUGAAACAGGUUUUACUGAAAAGGGACUAUGCAACUGGGCACUCAUAACUCAUAACUGUAUGCAUGAGGGUUUCUUUCAGCCUCAUCAUUUGCUCCAUGUAAAAAAUAGUUCAUAUCGAGUCAAAUGUAACAACAUGCAGACUGGACUGUCAUCGUGAGCAGACUGGAGCUUUGGGUUACAGCACCAAAAAGGAGGGGGGACUCUCCUCAUUCACAACAAGCUUUUGUCUGCUCAGUCGUCAGGAUUCUUUUGGUAUCAUAACAGCCUUACAUACGUUGGUGUCACUGCUAGAAAAUGAGCUUUACGCAUCCAGCCACCUGUUAGAAAUUAAAUUAGAAAUGUCCAAAGAGAGAUACUAAGUCAUUAAAAAAAAAGAAAAAGAAAUCAUGAAAUCCUGAGUUGAAAUGGACCUUCUAAAUUCUGAGAUAAAGUCAACUGUUUUGAUUUGUUUUUUUGUUUUUUUAUGUCAAAGUUAUUAAUGAUGAUUACGAGUAACGUAAACAGUACAACGCAUUCCCAUCACAACAUGGAGCCAAGAUGAAAAUAAAAAAGAUUUCUUUCAACACCCUUGUGAGAUUACAAGAUAAAUCUGGUAUCAAUAUCAAUUUAUUAAUUGAUAAAAUAACUGAGAAAUGACACUCAACAUCAUCAUUACUUGAAACAGUGAAAAGCACUGAAGGCAUGAAAAUGCAGCAGAAGGCACAUGUACUGCUUUACUUUUGCACAAAUCUAGAUCAAUAUGAUCAACUGUGCUUUUUUUUCUUCUUUCUCUGAAAAUGAAGUGUAAGUUAAAGUGGAGUUUAGGUGGGAGUAAAGGACGGGGCACAGAGAUUGUAAUUUGUCAGUGAAUGUCUGAAAACAUGACACAGUCCUUAGGAUUAAGGGGAAAUAGUGUGUUUGGGGCUGUGAGGUGCCCCCUUGUCUCUGAUGCGGCAUUCCUGAAACACCCGACAACAGCAUGCCACAGAGAAUCGCUAAUCUUGUUUUUAUUUUCAGAAUUAUGGCCUUACUCCAUAAAAACGUCAAAACAAUGCAACAAAAAGUAGACAAAUGUCUCUUCUGUAUGCGCUGAAGUCAUUCAAAAGGAGGAAACAGAAUACAGUGUACACUAGUGACAUUUGGAAGACUUGUUGCUCUUCCCAUCAAAACCUGGAGGUCAUGGACGGAUGACGGGUCAUGGCGGCGAAAAGAGAACAUUGAAAGUAGUACAAGUGACUUUUCUAAUGCAAGACUGGUGAUCUGAGUGAACCCCGCUCUGGAUUUUUUUUUGUGGGAUUGUUUUUCUCAGUUGAUGUCCUCUCGGAUGUCAGCCUAAAGAAUGAAGGAAAAACGACUGGUCUUUCCAUUUUCAUUUCUGAGACAAAGCCAGAGAAAAGUGUGGAUUCUGAGUUGAUGCUGGAGGGGCAUGACAGUGCUUUUUUAGUUGCCUCAGGCAGAUUAUCUUUUGUAAAUUUACUGUGUCCGCUGUACUAUUUAGUGUGUAUUAUAUUGACAGCAAACCAACUUUGAAAUGCAAAGGAAGAGUUCCUGAUCAUCGCAUUUUUACUGUGUGUGUGCGUGUGUGUGUGUGUGUGUGUUUCUAUUGGCAGGUAUGAAUGUGUGUAUGCCUGAUGAUGGUUACAUGGAUGAGACAGGAAAGUGAGAGGGAAAAUACUGACUAGAUACAUAUUGCAUUUUGAAGAUAUCAUUCCUGCAAAUGCUUCCUCAGUAUUUCUCAUGUCAACCCUUUUCCUGACACAAAGAUCUGAAUGUGUUUUCAGAUCAAUGAAGUUUACUCAAAAUCCCUUUUGUAAAACAUGUAAUAGAUGAUUAUUAAUUGGACUGGAUUUUUUUUGUACAUAUUUAGGGAUAAUGAAGGUAAAACAGCUUGAGAUCAAACAUCCAGACUGGCUUCAUGUGACUGCAUACACUGGCCUCUCUCUGAAUGUUUCAUUGAAGAAUUAAUACAUCAAUAAAUUUGUAUGUCAACGAUGAAUAACCAAGAAUUGUACAUACAAAACACUUUGCUUUGACUUCAGAUCAGCACUCAAAUUGUUAUUCUCUUUAAAGGAUAACACCAAAUUAUUCAGCUUGGGUCUUCUCCAUCAUUCCUAUCAAUAAUAAUAACACUGAGAUGUGUGAACACAGUAACCUCUGAAGAGUCAAGACACACAUAAGCAGUCAGAAGAUCAGGUUAACUGGAAGAUGAAUCAUUAAAUUAUAAUGCAAACUGUGUGUCGUAAACAUCCAUCACAGACCCACUUCCUGCCACGACUUUGACCCCAAGUUGUGCACAAUUUGCCUGUUGACUGAUUAUUACUGACAUUUUGGAUGCACUUGCCUUCAGUUUGACAUGCAAAUAAAGUGGUUGAGGUUAUUUGGAUAAUUUUGGUUGUAGCAAUGUCACCACGUUCCCUAAGACCUAAGCAGUGGAAAUAGAAAUGAUGGCUGACAUUACAAAGAAAUAAAACCCAAGUUAUGAUAAAGUGGAAUUAUCCUUUAAUGUUUUCCUUUCAUCUCAAAGAUUGGCUCUAUAGUUAUGGCCUGGUCACACCAGACAUAAGCAGCUGUGAAGCUUGUGUUGGACAUAAAGUAAAGCAUUCAUUGACAACCUACAGUUACACAGUGCACGAUCCUGUAUCACAAAAUAUCCAGAGAUCAUUUUUACUGCAGGUUCUAUGCUGAUAGGAUCAUUUUAUAAAAGAUAGCCUGGAGCUCCCUAAAGAUAGUAUUUUCUUGUGUACAAGAAAUAAAAUUUAGAUUUUUAAAAACGAAAUCAUCUUUGUAGGCCAGACUCUGCAGUAUGAUGGCCCUCUGCAAGAACAGCUCAAGUCAAAGACGGUGUGGCUACAGAUCUAAACUUGCUUCUUUACAGAAGUGGAAUUUAUUAGUUGUAAUGAUUGCAUCUAAAUAAACAGAACUUUAAAGCUCUUACACGUGACAUCCAGUUAUGCUGUCGUGAAUGCUGGUGUGACUGAGCCCAGGCAGUAAAAACAGAAAGAUACCAGUUUGAAGAGUGAAUGUCCAAAUCAGUCUUUGGUUGUUCUGCUGUGUUACUUUCACAUGGCAAACACAUUCACAAUGACAAGAUAUCACAGCAGCUAUAUACAGUAUAUCUUUGGGAAAAGGUCAAAAUAUUACAGUGUCUUAAAGAGGGUGCCAGGCCUAUGAAUUCUCCAGUUUCAUUUUAGUCAGUGCAUCCUGAAGUCAAAAAAUCAUGCAGAAAAAUACCAAAAUGUUUGAUGAAUGUGAAAGGAAUUUCUUCUGACCACCGAAAGUCAUGGAUGCAAGUCAGAUGCUGCGGUUUCCCUUUGUUCUGUAUUAUUAAAAAAAAGUGGUUGAGCUAUUA